AUGGAAGACGGCGAAGUCAACGAUGUUGUGCAUCCGCAGGUGCGGGCACAUAUCAACAGUCUUGUAUCUGCUCUCGGCGGUAUUAGCAUCGACGACGACGGCGGCUAUAAGCUUGGUGACGACGCCCUAGAGGUGCUCCGAGACCUCAAAAAAUGGAUCCGCUUCUACGACGAGAAAACCAACCGCAUGGACGUUGCCCGUUGUCUGGCUGAGGCGAACAUUGUCAGCACCGAUCUGCUGCAUAUUCUUGCGCUAUGGACGCCCAACGAGAACAGCAACAAGUACAAGGCCCGGAUUGCCCUCGCUUGUUUCGAGCUCAUGGUGCCCCUCACCUGGCCCAUCGAGAAAGACCGCGAGACCAUGACAAUCAACCAUCACCGCCAUAUCCCAGUCCUACAGCUUGCUCAGCUUGGUUACAAGCGUGCCAUCAUCAACUACGAUGCUGCACCCAUCCUCAGUACUGCCGUCCGCGUAGCUCUGCCCGCCAUGGCCAUGCCUAUCGGCGAGCGCACUGCCCGUGAUCAGGGUAUAAUCAAGCUCAUUCUAUAUUUUUUAAGAAAUAUCGCUAUGAUCACACCUCCUCCUGGCGUCAAAUAUGAAGGCGACGAAUCGCAGAUCUCUCGUUCAGCCCUAAUCGAUGCCUUCUCAUACCAAGAUAUUUUCCUUACCCUCCUGACAAUCGCCUCAAACAUGGGGGAGGAUUUUCGCACCGAGGACGUCAUUGUCAUGGAGAUCAUAUUCCAUCUGGUCAAGCGUGUGGACCCAAAGAAGCUCUUUGUCAGCGAGAAGCAACUAAGCAAGAUCAAAUCCGAUGAGCUUGCCGCUGCCAUGCAAAGAGAAGCCGCCAUGCUCCGAUCCCAUGGGAAAAACAUGCCAACUCGCCAUAGCCGCUUUGGAACUAUGAUAUGGGUCAAAAGGGAGAGUGGCAAGCUCACCACCGUCUCGGGCCAAGAAGCCUUGUUGGACCCAGCUGCUCGUGAAAGGAAGAUGGAUAGUACCAAGACUUUCAAGCCUCCAAGAAGAGCUAGGAGGGAAGAUAUGGAGCCCAAAGACUUGGGCCCUCCGGUUACCAUCGAUGAGAGAGCUCGUCAGCAGCUUGGCUCGUUUGUCUCCGACUUCCUUGACUCAGGUUUUAACCCCUUAUUCUCUCAUAUUCGGAAAUCCCUGGAGCGGGAAGCUCCACAUGUGCUUCACUACCACCAGAGCCAGUUCUUCUACCUCGUAGCAUGGUUCUUGGAAGCAGAGCGUGCACGGCGCAGGGAGAAAAAAGAGUCCAGCAAGGCUCAAUCCGGCGAAGAUGUGAGCAGUUUCAAUCUUAUUGCCUCCGUCCUCACUCAAGAGAUGUUCAUCGCCCUAAACCGCGCCCUGGAUCGCGCGUAUGGAGACAAGGACUGGCGGCUGUUGACUUCGGCGAUGCGUUGCUUCACCCAGAUUCUCCUUACAGUCCAGGAAAUGUUCGACUCGGGCAACGAUGAGGACCAAGAAAUUGCCGACAACAUUCUAAGCCGGCUGUUUUAUGAAGAGUCUACGCACGAUGCUGUAGCCAAUAUCGUCCGCACAUACAAAGAUCAGGGCUUCGAGUAUUUGGAUGCCUGUACCGAGCUCGCGCAUACGUUCCUGCGCAUUCUUGAAGCCUAUUCAAAACAAAAUGUUGACUUGCAAGUCCGAUCGCGUAAAAGGGCCCGUCGGAAGAAAAAGGCAGCCAAAGCUGCCGCCGGAGAAAACGGCGACGAAGAUCAGGACGAGGAAGAUGAUUCCGCUGAUGAUGAGAAAAUGGCUGAAAAAACUAGCCAGGAGAGAAAAUUUGACUUUAAGCGCUUCGCAGCGAGAUUUACACCUCAAGGUGUGGUUGACACGUUUGUCACCUUCACCAAGUACUACCGAGACCUCGAUGAUUCUCAGUUGAAGCGUGCUCAUCGGUACUUUUAUCGGGUCGCCUUCAAACAGGAAAUGAGCGUUAUGCUCUUCCGUUUGGACAUCAUCCAUUUGUUUUACAACAUGAUCAAGGGCCCAGAACCCCUGGAUAAAAACUCGCCAAUGUAUAAGGAGUGGGAAGAGCUCGUGAGGCAAAUCCUCAAGCGCUGUAUUCGGAAAUUGGAGGAACGACCAGCCCUCUUCACCGAAAUUUUGUUUUCAAAGAUCAACAGUACAGCCUACUAUCUCGAAUAUGGCUUUGAAAAACAGACCGUCUCCUCCAACCCAAGACCCGGCGCCGAGCUCGAAUUCAAGCGCGAGCUCAGCCGUGACCAGCAGAUCGCCAUUGCAGUUGGAGUGCUUCUUGACCGGAAUCAGACAGAUCAUCUUGACUGGAUCAAGCAGCAGCUUGCUGAUGCUGAACGCGAGCGCCGAGCCUGGGAAAACAUUGACAAGGCAAUGGCCGCUGAGAGACCGGAGGGCGAAGCAGCCUCAAGUGAAGGCACCGGCUUCAAAACAACGCCGGCGUAUACUACCGUUCGUCCAGACAAUGACGCUCGCCGCAAGGCUAUGUUCAAGAAUUCUCAUCUACGCUUGCUGAUGAAGCUCUGUGGCAUGGAGCGACUCACUCCGACCCUGGAUGAAUCACCCGACUCGACAUGGAUUAUUCCAGGCAUCAUUGAUGCAGAUACUUUGAAAGAAACCCUUUCUCUUAUCAACAAAGCUGAAUUCAACCCUCCUACAUUCGAAGAUGGCCAACUAGCCGAGCACCAGCUUCGCCGCAAGUCUGCUGCACCACGUAAGCGUGCCGCCUACGAUGACGAUGGCAGUGAAUUGCAAGACUUCCUGGACGACGGCGACAACGGGAUCCUCUUCCCCAUGGGUCCCAGGCUCAAGACGCGUAAGCGCAUGGCAGAGGACGGUACACCUCCUCCAAAAAAGCGCCGUCGCCGCCGCCGCGACGGCAGUCAGGAGCCUGAACCGUUGACAGAAGAGCAGCUCGAGGAGCGCCGCCGCGCCAGGCGCAAGAAACAGCUUGAGCGGGCGCGUCGGAUCAAGAGCGCAGCGUAUGUCAAUCCGAGCGACGAUGAGACUGAUGAAGAGUAUGAUCGCGAGUUCUUUGCCAAGGAAGCGGCACAUCAGGCCGCCAAAGAUGCGACAUUUGGAUUGUAUGAUGGCUUGCCACCCAAGCCGGGUGGCGUUGAGAGGUCAGAAUGGGAGAUGUUAAUUGGUGUAGACGAGGAAGAUGAUCAGCCGUUGGCAGACAUCGAACGGCGGAAAAAGAGCAAAAGAAAACCACGCGCGCAGAGUCAAGAGAAGAGUGAUGAAGAAGAUGAAGAAAGUGAGGAGGAGGUGUCGGAUGAAGAGUUUGAGGAUAUCGUUUCUGAUUCCUCUUCGGCAUCCUCUCCUUCCUCACCAAAACGUCCUAUCAGAUUGAGGGGAAGAACUCAGCUAAAACAACCGAACAUGUCCAGGGAUACGGGAACUAAUGAUGAGUCCGACUGGGAACGUGACGGAGGCCGUGAUGGCAAUGCUAUGGACGUCGACCCGAUUCAGCUGAGCCAUGAAGGGCCGAGUGGCCAAGAAGCUGGCUCCACUGUCAGCGGUGGUGGUAGUGGUGCUGGAGAGGAUGAAGAUUACAACGAUAAGCCCGUCGCUGCUGCUGCAAGAUCACGGCUGCGAGCUAGGGCGGGGUUCAUCAUCGAUAGCAGCGACGAGGAAUGA